AUGAUGCUCGUCCUCGUCCGGCCUGCCAGCCAUGCCUCAGGCUCAGGCUCGGCCCUCAGGGAUCACGCCGAUCGGGGCAAGCACCGCGGCUUCCCCGGCCGCGGCGCAAACGAUCUUGAUCGUCACGUUACGAAUUACCUCAAGUAUCGCAAUUUUACUUUUCCCGGCAAUCAGGAUGAGGUCCCCGCCUGGGGCUCCAUCCCCCCCCGGAAGACCGCCAGAGACGAACAGAGAGAGGCCCAGGUCAUGGGUAAUGUUACCUGGGCUGGCCGCAUCGGGCGAGAUGAGACGAGUCUGCCCUCUUUGGGUUGGUUCCUUACGUCUCCCCCCCUUCCAUCAUCGCAUUACCCACUGAUCCUCACCCUAAACCCAGCAGCCUAA